AUGUCACCACAUUUCCAAAGCGCACCCUCGGAUGAGGAAGUGCCAAUCCUGAUUGUCGGAGGCGGCCCAUCAGGUCUUCUUCUGGCCUUUUUGCUCGCUCAGCUGAACGUCCAAUCAUUGGUCGUUGAACGCUAUCCAACUAGGCUAGCAGCUCCCAAAGCACAUGCGUUGUCGCCCAGAUCUCUCGAGUUCUGCCGCCAAGCGGGGUUGGAUGUGAAUGAGAUUCGCAAAAUCGGCAGCCCUCGUCAAGAUGCCUUCUGGGUCAACUUCAUUACAAGCUUGGCUGGUAAGCAAGUUGGUCGUUUGCCUUACGAGCGCAUGGACCAAGAAGUCCUUCACGAUACUCCAACUAUGAUCCACAAUAUUCCUCAGCCAGCCUUUGAGGAGUUUAUUGCCAAACGACUGUCCAAGACCAAUCUCGUUGAGAUCCGUAAGAACCACUCAUUCGUGAGCCUGGAGCAGGGAGAUGGAUAUGUCGUGACCAAAAUUGAGGAUCGUGCGUCUCAAAGGGAAUACAACGUCAAAUCCCAACAUGCCAUUGGCUGCGAUGGCGCCAGAAGCGCUGUUCGAAAGUAUCUUGGUAUAGAAAGCGACGGAGAAGAAACUUGUGAAACCAUGAUGACAAUCCAUUUCAAUGCUGAUUUGAACCCCGUGAUCAAGGAGCGAGUUGGCAUGCUGCACUGGAUCAUGGAUCCGUUGGUCUCUGGGUUUAUCAUUGGGUAUGAUCUGUCUGGAAACCAAGUGCUGAUUUGCAACUUCGAUUCUGAUAAAUACCCCGUCAAGUCCUGGGAUGAAAAGCACUGUCGCGAGGUCAUUGAUGCGGCCAUUGGGGUGAAAGUGCCCUAUGAUAUCCUUAGCUACCGGCCAUGGGUUCUUAGUCGAAAAGUAGCUCACUCAUACCGCAUGGGUCAAGUUUUCCUUGCUGGCGAUGCUGCUCAUUCAUUUCCCCCUACCGGCGGACUGGGUCUAAACUCUGGUCUCGGGGAUGUCCACAAUCUGGCAUACAAGCUCGCAGCAGUCCACCACGGUUGGGGUGGUGAUAGUCUGCUCGACACCUAUCAAGCCGAGCGUCGACAAGUGGCUCUAGUCAACUCUAACCAAAGCGUCAAAAAUGGCAAACAGAUCUUCGGUCUUCUCAAGGCACUAGGCACGACUGAUCCUGAUGUGAACAUUGCCCGACAGAAUCUCUACCACAACAUUCAAGACCCAGAAGCCAUGGUCGAGAUUAACAAAGGGAUCGAAGGUCAACGGGAGCAUUUCGACAACCUCAGAUUACAUAUUGGAUAUAUCUAUGGUGAUGAAGAGAUCCCCCCCAAGGUAUCCAUCUUCAAACCUUCUUGUGUACCCGGGGCCAGACUUCCACAUGCAUGGAUCAAGGCUACUCCAGGACAACUGCAGCUUCCUGCAAUAGACAACAGCUAUGUGCAAGAGUUCACUCAAGAAGAAAUCUCCGCGAAGCAAUACUCGACUUUGGAUUUGUGUCGCCUCGAUACAUUUACUUUGGUUGUUGACAAGAUCAAUGCGACUCAUUUCCAGUCGAUGAUUAAAGAGGCACUUGAGACUUUGCCUGAAGACAUUCGAAAGAUCUUGCCCCUGCAGAUGGUUGUAUUGGGUAUCGAUUUUGAUCUGCAAACAGGACCAGAGAACCAAAGCUGGAUGGAUUUGAUGGAAAUAAAGGAUCAGGGUAUUCUUGUUCGUCCUGAUCAACACAUUCUGUCUUGCAUUGCGAGCAAAGCUGGACCAGGGGUCUUGGUGCAGGCUUUGCAGGAGCAUCUUGGGUGGUAG